AUGGCUGCCUCCAACGAGGCUUUUAUUCUCACUGAUGCACCAGCUAUGCUUCCUUCAUGGCUUUCUAACUCUAGUAACACUUUAGCUAUUAGGCCACCCUCCUCUUCUGUGAUGCUAAGUCUCUCUCCCUCCACUAUGAUUGCUUUAUCUCCAUUUCCAUGGUUACAACCUAAGAGAAUGCCAGAGAAUACUCCUCCUAUCAUUCAAAAUGCAACACCUCAUGGAACUACUUCAGGUUUUGGUGAUAACAUGCUUGUAUCUGAGCUUGAUGAAUACUAUAAAGAGCUGGAAGAAGGUCACCAGGCAAAGUAA